AUGGCGUCAAGUUUUCCUCUAGAAAACCGAGCUCAAAUGAGAGCAAGAAAAGGUCAUGACAUGAAGUGGUCAUGUGACAAGCACGCUGAGCCAAUCGCAUUUUACUGUAGAAAGCACGAUACUCCUAUUUGUCACCGAUGUGCGACCAAAGAUCACGGCCAGAAACCAUGUGAGCUAGACGACAUUGAAGACGUCAUCUUGGAUAGGAUGAGAGGACUGGAUAUUAAACAACAAGAAAUAGAGGAAACGAAAAAACUCCUUAAAAUGCUUGACUCUAAAAUAGAGUCAAGUGCGACCUCUGCAAUAAACCAUCUUCAGAAAGUCAACGAUGAGGUUCAGUGCACAUACGAAGACAAAUCAAAGAGUGUGAAGGACAACGAGGAGAAGAAGAUUCGACUGAUCAACGAGGAGGCGGAUGAGGAAAAUCGUAUUAUCAACGAAAAGAGGGACAGACGGAUCAAAGCAUGCAAUGCUGAGAUAGAAAAGCAGCAACUAAUCAUCAAUGAAAACCAAGCAAAAUUUAUCUCAGAGACAAAGGCAAUUAACGAAGUGGUUUCAAAACAGAUAAACGUUCAUAAAAUUAAGAAUCAGCACGCAAUCAGCACAUUGGAUAAUAUUGACGCCAAGAUCGAACGAAUCAAACAAGAUGACAAAACAUUGGUGAAUGAAGCUCCUCCAGUACUUGCAUCCCUAGAUGACAUAUUAAGUUUGAACGUUCAUCAAGAUGUUAGCAACUGUCUUGACCAAAUACAGCGUGAAGUUCAGAAAGUGAAGUUCGUCGAGGGUGAAGUAGGUGGGGAGCACUACGUUAGAAUUGAUAGCUAUAUCGGUAAAUGGGAGCUUGUCAAGUCAAUCCACAUUCCAUCGAUUGUUAAUGACCCUCGGAUGCGUGGUUUGAUCAGUGAUGAUGAGAUAUGUGUCCGGGACGUAAGGAACGAGAAAAUGUAUGUUACAAAUAUCAGCACUGAACACACAGAGAAAGUCAUUGGAGGAGGAAGUAACGUGUAUAUUACAUCAUGCGCCCCCAUCGACAGCAACGUAAUAGUAUGUGGUAAGAGGGGACGAGCCUGCACGGGUGACAUGUUGGAUGGAUGCAUCACUCUCUAUGACAAACAAUGGAAGGUGAUUAGAGAAAUCAGCAUACCGUGGAAUGGCAGCUAUCCUAUUAGUGUGUAUGUUGAUAUUGACAGGGAUGGGAUGAUCCUCGCUGCAGAGGACGAUCAGUCUAAUAUCUACGUCAUCAACCCUGCUGAUGGUAAGAGAGUCAACACUAUUAUGAUGCAGGGCAAGGAGGUGUUGGAUGAGAUACAAGCCUUGUCAUCAGGUGAUAUCGUUGUGAAGACAAAUAAUAAUGAAUUCACUGUCAUCUCACGAUCAGGAGAAGAGAAGGCUGCCAGACACUCUGAUGAGUGGUAUCAUCCACGGUGUCGCGUUGACAAACUGGCAGACACACUCUACAUCACAUACCAGGAUAGAAAGCGUACUGUCUACGCAGUUGAUCAGGUGUCAUGUGAUGGUAUCAUCCAGGCAAGGAGGAUCGUGGAAUACGAGAAAUCAGACAGAUGCGUCAAAAUUAGCCCAUGCCUCGUAACUCCUUCUGGUAACCUUGUAGCUUGUAACGGAGACAACUUUUGUGUGUACAAGAAGAUAUUUAUUGUAUAA